AUGAUCACACUCAAGAAGAAGAUUGAAGAAGAAGAUGGUCUGUUUUUGUUUUCUGGUGGAUCAGACAAAGAAGGUGAAGCGGAGCAAGCCGGUGGCAGGGUCGUGUUCGCGGUGCGGAGGCGGUGCCAGUGUGGCAGACAUGAUUACACAAACCAGAUUUUGCUACGUUCCUUUCUAUUGCAAAUCCUGGAAAGCUAUCAUGUGCACUUUCUGUGGAGCCAUGCUCAAGUCUUAUACAUAGAUUCAUUUUCAACCAAGUUUAAAUUGUGGUAG